AUGGAACCCCACCGGCUAAUGGUGGCCAAAAUAGUGGCCAUCGUGGUGCUGCUGCUGGUCACCCUGAUCUUUUGCUUCAUCCCCUACCUCCUGGACCGCUUCUACAAGUGGACGCAGCGCCCCAGCAGCAACGCCCGCGAGUUCAAGGUGGUGCUGUGCCUGCUCAACUUCGGCGGUGGUGUGCUGAUAGCCACCACCUUCAUCCACAUGCUGCCGGAGGUGGUGUCGGUGGUGGGUGCCCUGCAGGACUGCCGGAUGCUGGCCCCCACUCCUUUUGGACUCCCCGAGGUGCUGCUCUGCACCGGCUUCUACCUGAUGUACUGCAUCGAGGAGACGAUGCACUUUGUGAUUCGGCGACGUCAGCGGAGGAAGCGGGAGGAGGCCUUGGAGAGCGGGGAGGAGGAUGUCGAGGAACCGGAGGAUCCCAACUGGCUCAGGGGCUUGGGCAUCAUAGUGGCCCUGUCGCUGCAUGAACUGUUCGGCGGCAUGGCCAUCGGCCUGGAGAUGACCGUGAGCACAGUCUGGUUCAUGACAGGCGCCAUUUCGGUGCACAAGCUCGUGCUGGCCUUCUGCAUUGGCAUGGAGAUCAUGAUGGCCCACACCCAAUGGAUUCUGGCAAUCGUCUACCUGUUGGUUUUUUCCAUAGUUACCCCGAUUGGUGUGGGAAUCGGGAUCGCCGUCAGCGAGUCCUCGGCGGCGAAUCAACCGAGUACUGUUUCUGGAAUCCUCCAGGGCCUGGCCUGCGGCACCUUGAUCUACGUGGUGUUCUUCGAGAUUGUGGCCAAGGGUCACGCCGGCUUGCGGGUGCUUUUCUCCUCACUGGCUGGAUUUGUCCUUAUGUUUGGCCUUCAAAUAGCAAUUGGAGAAGCCAAGGGAAAGAGCCACUUUGUGUGUCCCCAGUAG